ACCCUCACGAGGGCCCCUGUGGGGUGGCGGCUCCUUAUGUUUUACCUGCAGCAGCAGCAGCACCUGCUGCUGCACCAGCACCUGCUGCAGCAGCAGCACUUGCUGCUGCAGGAGCAGCACCUGCUGCUGCUGCAGCAGCAGCGCCUGCUGCUACUUCUGCUGCUGCAGCAGACGCGAGACUGCGCCUUGUGGUUUCCACUGUUUUGAAGACCGCUGCCAAGGACCUGCCUGCAGACGUCAAGGCGAAAUUGGGACAGCUGUGGAGCCGACGGAAGGCAGAUAUUCUUAAAGACAUCCGCAGGCGGCAUCGAGCAGCUGCUGCAGAGACUGCAGCAGCAGCAGCAACUGCAGCAGCAGGAGCAGCAGCAGAAGCAGAAGCAGCAGCAGCAGAAGUAGCAGCAGCAGCUGAACAGUUCGAGCGGUUUUGCAUCAAGUGCGUCGAAGAAGCUUUACAGAAGAUCCCAGACACGAUCCCCCGCUCGAAAGCCGCAGCAGCUAGCUAG